AUGCACAACGACCUGGAGCAAGAGGGCGUGGACUCACACCCCUAUCGCGAUGAAGAAAGCACUUUGACGCAAAAUGGGGAGGAAGGAUCUCACGCUGCUCAUGAUCUCUCCAUGAUAGAGGAAGUCUCGUCAGACGUUGAAAAGUCGUCGGGUCGGCAAGCACGCGGCAAGAGGGGCUGGAACAACAGCAAAAGCCCAUUUUUCGAAACAUUUCCCUCCGACGAAGAUGAUGUUUUUGUCGAAACUGGAAACGGCGCUCUCGACGCGCUCCGCGCCGGGAACUUGCAGCGCGCGCGCAACCAACAGCAGGCCAGUCCAUCAGGCCGCAUCGUCCAGCGUCGGUACGCCGGACGAUUCAGCUUUUAUGGUGAUGACGAUGACUUUGCCACGGAUAUCCCUCGUCGGCUUGAGUCUUCGCUUCCAAAGUCUUCGACUUUUGUGCUCGAUCUUCCUGCGCCGCGAGAUGCGCACUCCUCCCGUGCUUCGCGGCGUGCUUCAGGGCCUAACCAGACGCCUACCAAAGGUCGUCGCGGCCGAUUCGCUAUCCACAGCGAGCUCACAGCUUCUGAGAAACAUCGUCUCAGUGUCGGAACUGCCCCAAAGAUUCUCGAGAGAGAUUCUCCGAUGGCUGCUUCGCAUGAUCACAGCCGAGGCAACUCGGACGCGAGCACGCUCCGCAUGGGAAAUGGCAUCUACCCACCACCCUUGAAAACUCUCGAUCGACAGGGGUCACGGAACGACGAGGAACACAGCAUUCAAGACUCUGAAAUGAUCUCCAACACUGAUGCGAAUGAUGACGUCCAGCGCCGUCGUUCUCGAAGCAACGCGUCCAGCGGCUCGACGUUGACUGUCGAUGGCAUCCUUUCGUCUGAGGAAGAAGGCUCAAGAAUGUCAACACACGUCCCUGACAAUGAGGCUCAGAGCGAUAACAUCAAUUUCAGUAGCUGGAAAACGUCGGCCGAGGUAGCCCUACCUCAGCUGAGUCUUCUACCUCCUGCCAGCAUCUCCACCCGUCAAGGGCCUUUUGUGUGGUCUCCAGGCAAGCAACAUCUAGUCCGUCGGGACGGAGAUCUUCAGUUCGAGCAGACGGUAGACACUCCUCUUCUCGUCCCUGGACCCAAGUCUGCCCGUAAUCAAGGCGGUCCUCACGGCUUUGGCGACAACAUUUACCCCGAGGAAUGGGUCGAGGCUGGCGAGCUGGGCGAAGGAUUGUACCCUCCCGGCAACCAUCACGGCCUCUCGGACCCGUUCUCCUCCUCCAGUGCUGUCUCGCAUGGGGCUGGCAUAGUUGAUGGAGUUGCAGGUCUCAAAGUCGCUGUCGUGGACAAUGCUUUUACUCCUGAGGCGCUCCGGCGAGGUCAGCCUGGUGCGCAGGCUGCCGCCCAGCGAAAUCGGCUGCUCAGCCCAUUCUACAACCAUCUGCAGCAGCUCGCGGUUCUUUCCCGCAGUGAAGGUACUGAUGACGACGCAUUCGAAGUCGGUAGAAGGGCAGGAUCCGCAGCCAGUGAUGGCAGUGACAGUGCCACCCUUUACACGCAGAAUGGUUUGCUCCCCGAAGCCAUCGAGUCUCCCGCAGCACAUGUCCUACAGGAAUAUGAGACUUCCAGCAAAGGUGGUAGUGUCGACCAGGAUUCCCAUCUGGAACUCAGCUUGGGCUACUCCGAGCGCCCAACUCGUGAUGCAUACCUUAUGAAGAAAUCUACCCAGUCUGAUGCUCCUGUCGCUAUGGGCGGUUGCACGUUCAACACGCGCGACUGGGGCGACUACGGCAGUGCACUCGUUGACCAUGCCCCUGAGAAGGCGGCGCCCAAGAUCCCCGGCUGUACCGCUGGCCAGACCUCGAACAAGAACUGGAAACUUACAGGGCCCGUUCUUCAAGCUUACAACGCUAUGAGAGGCUCUCGGAUGGCCGCGGGUGACCCCAUGGGUACGUGGGUCGGUGUGAAGCUGCAAGAGGGUCUCAUGAAGAAAUUGCCAGAAGGCAAGGAAAAGGAGCAGGCUCCCGACUUCAACGUCCAAGGCCUGCAGAAAUUCACGGCCGAAAUUGCAGAAACCCUUCAGGAGCGGCCGUCCAUCGACAAGGCCGCCCGUCAGGAGGUUGCCAGCGUGCCGCGCCCACAGUAUCAGCACAUCAAUCCGCCCAAGGGCUUCAAAUAUCCCGCGCACCUAGCCUCAUCCAUCCACGGCAUCGCCUCCGAGAGCUUUGACAGAAACUUUGAGGAGGAGUACGAUAUCUCUGAUGACGAGGGCGACCCGCGCGAUGGCCGCAUCUCCCCCUGCACGUUCCGCGCCUUGGCCGAGGGCUGCACUCGCUGGGAGGAACCCGGCAAGACACUCAUCCAGAUGCCCCCGAACACAAAGAGACUCCGUCCCAAGACACCCCCUGGCGGAUCGCAGUUGCAGAUGCCUCCCGACCGCAUGGCACACAACUUCACCUGGCAGAAGGACAUCGAGGACGGCGACGCACUGUCUCCGAUGUACAGCCUACCCUCGGAGCCGUCCAUCGUCUACACGCCCCCGGGCCUCCACCCAAAGGCACAGAUCCGCAACUGGUCGACCAACAUGUACGACCGCAUGGAUCCGCUCAUGGCCAAACGCCUCCGCGACGCCCAGGAUGCCGACGAGAGCGACGCUGACGCCCAGGACGCCGUCGAAGCGGCGGCCCCUCCCGCGAGCACACCGCCCACGGCUUCAUCGGAAAACAGACCCUACACGCAAACCGAGGUCGCCGCAGCCCUGACGUCGCCGCAGUCACGGACGCUUGCCGGCAUCCCCGCCUCGGCGGCCGAGGGCGUCGUGGCCCAGCGCUGGCAGACGGUGGGCCUCUGGCGCGCGCAGGAGGAGACGCUCGCGCGGCGGUGCGACGCCGAGCUCACGCCGCAGCUCGCGGCCACGCGCGCACAGCUGCGCAGCGUGCGAGCUGGCGUCGACGUCAUUCUCGCCGCGCGGGAGGCCGCGGCCAGCUCGAAGCUUGCGAGGCAGAACAGGCGCAUUCUGCGGCAGGUGAGCGGCCAUUUGAAGGAUGUCAAGUAUCAGCUCAAGCUGAGGAGCCAGACGCUCGGGGAGACACGGGCCGUUCAUGAUCGGCUUGAGCGGGAUAUCCGGGAUGUGCAGCAAGGCAUCGACAAGGAGCUCCAGAGGGCUGGUUUGAAGGAUAUUGAGGCUGUCAGGGCCGAGGUUGGAGAGGAGGUUUGGGAGCGGUUGGUGCGUGAUGCUGAGGCAGAGGAGUGA